UUUCAGGCAGCACGACGGUGCUGGUGGAGCUGACUCCCGACAUCCACAUCUGCGGCAUCUGCAAGCAGCAGUUUAACAACCUGGACGCCUUCGUAGCCCACAAACAGAGUGGCUGCCAGCUGACCAGCACUUCCGGGGCAGCUCCCAGCACGGUCCAGUUUGUAUCAGAGGAGACGGUGCCGGCCACCCAGACUCAGACCACUACCAGAACCAUCACUUCCGAGACCCAAACGAUCACAGUUUCAGCUCCAGAAUUUGUUUUUGAGCAUGGGUAUCAAACUUAUCUGCCUGCAGAAAGCAGUGAAAACCAGACCGCCACUGUCAUCUCUCUCCCUGCCAAAUCACGAACCAAAAAGCCGGCCACUCCACCUGCCCAGAAGCGGCUUAACUGUUGCUAUCCAGGUUGCCAGUUCAAGACUGCCUAUGGCAUGAAAGACAUGGAACGGCAUCUGAAAAUCCACACGGGAGACAAACCCCACAAGUGUGAGAUCUGCGGCAAGUGCUUUAGCCGGAAGGAUAAGCUGAAGACCCACAUGCGCUGCCACACCGGCCAGAAGCCCUACAAGUGCAAGACCUGCGACUACGCCGCGGCCGACAGCAGCAGCCUCAACAAGCACCUGCGGAUCCACUCGGACGAGCGGCCCUUCAAAUGCCAGAUCUGCCCCUACGCCAGCCGCAACUCCAGCCAGCUCACCGUGCACCUGCGCUCCCACACCGGCGACGCCCCCUUCCAGUGCUGGCUCUGUAGCGCCAAGUUCAAAAUCAGCUCGGACUUGAAAAGGCACAUGCGCGUGCACUCGGGGGAGAAGCCUUUCAAGUGCGAGUUCUGCAGUGUCCGCUGCACCAUGAAGGGGAACCUCAAGUCGCACAUCCGCAUCAAGCACAGCGGCAACAACUUCAAGUGUCCGCACUGCGACUUCCUGGGGGACAGCAAGGCCACCCUCCGGAAGCACAGCCGCGUGCACCAGUCGGAGCACCCCGAGAAGUGCUCGGAGUGCAGCUACUCGUGCGCCAGCAAGGCGGCGCUGCGCAUCCACGAGCGCGUCCACGGCACCGAGCGCCCCUUCAAGUGCAGCUACUGCAGCUUCGACACGAAGCAGCCCAGCAACCUGAGCAAGCACCUGAAGAAGUUCCACGCCGACGUGGUCAAGGCCGAGGCGCUGGCGAAGAAGGACGCGGGCAGGCAGAGCAGCCGCCAGGUGGCCAAGCUGGACGCCAAGAAGACUUUCCACUGCGACAUCUGCGACGCCUCGUUCAUGCGGGAGGACUCGCUCCGCAGCCACAAGAGGCAGCACAGUGAGUACAGCGAGAAUAAGAACCCCGACGUGACCGUGCUGCAGUUUCAGAUCGACCCCAGCAAGCAGCCCGCCGCGGCCCUCGCCGUCGGGCACCUCCAGGUGCCCCUGCAGCCCAGCCAGGUGCCCCCGUUCAGCGAGGGAAGAGUGAAAAUCAUCGUGGGCCACCAAGUGCCCCAAGCGAACACCAUCGUGCAGGCCGCCGCCGCCGCGGUCAAUAUUGUCCCCCCCGCCCUGGUGGCCCAGAGCCCCGAGGAGCUGCCCGGGAACAGCCGGCUGCAGAUCCUGCGCCAGGUCAGUCUGAUCGCGCCGCCUCCGUCCUCGGGGUGCCCGAGCGAGGCGGGCGCCAUGGGCCAGCCGGCCGUGCUGCUGACCACGCACGACCAGGCCGACGGGGCCGCGCUGCACCAGGCUCUGAUCCCCGCGGCCGCGGCCAGGCCCCAGGAGGGCGCCGGCAACCAGACGUUCAUCGCCAGCUCGGGCAUCGCGUGCGCGGACUUCGAGGGCCUUAACGCUCUGAUUCAGGAGGGGGCGGCCGAAGUGACGGUGGUGAGCGACGGGGGCCAGGGCAUCGCGGUGGCCACGGCCGCCCCGCCCAUAUUCUCCUCCUCGUCGCAGCAGGAGCUGCCCAAGCAGACCUACUCCAUCAUCCAGGCGGCCGCGCACCCGGCUCUGCUCUGUCCGGCCGACUCCAUCCCGGAUUAAUAACCAGAGAUCGAGGAGCUGGAGGAGAGCGACCGAAAAACAGAACGAGUGGAGUUCUGUAAGAGCUUUGCUCGGGAUGUUUUCCUGAAUCGUUGUGACCCGCCCCCGCCGCCGCCGCCGCCGCCGGCACCGUAAUAAAUUGUAUUUUCUACUGCUCACUAUGAUUUUUUAACACUGUAACCACUCUUAGACCAUCUCUGAAUCGGCGUGCUGACCAGGGUAGGAUCUUACAUGUUCCCAAGGUGAUUCCAGUGAGGAGUUGGAAUUCAGUGCGUUAAGUAGUGAAUACAUUUGUUUUGUUUCCAACUCUAAUAAAGGUUCUUUCCCAUGGCAUUCGAUAGGUGUCCUAGGUGGUAUCUCCCAGCCUCUCUUCCCCCCUUAUUCUGAAAAGCCCCGCAGUCUCGGGUAAUGAAUGUUCCUACAUAGAUACAAAUAAACCUUCCGGCUUGAAGGUCCAUUUUCUACGUAAUGUUACAUGGAUACUUGAAAGAAAAAAUUACUUAGUGCUAAUGAGCAAAACAGAAAUGGUUUCCCUAAUAAAUUGAUACUUGAUUAAAAUA